AGAAAACUAGACAUAAUUGUAUGUGACCAGGAAAGUUACAGAAUUAAUUAUACAUUGUUAUCACAAGGAAAAAUGGCCACUUUUGAUAUUCGUCUGGUUUCGUUAUAAUUAUCCGUUCUCUGCCAUUUGACAGGACAAUUUCAUAAAGAGCAGUGAUUUACGAUAUUGAAAACAAAGUUAAAAUGAUUUUAACUAUCUAUUCUCUGUUUGUACUAACAGUAUUUCCUGGAUUUUUGAUUUGUUUGCCGAACAAUAUUUAUUUUAAAGACGCUCCAUACUUCUUCGAUUAUAAUUCAUAUUUUGAUGUGUUAAACAUCGACAUACUUGCGAUCAACGAACCAAAUGCCGCAAAUGCGAGUAUCUAUUUUCAUUUUUUUCCCUUUUUUCCCGGUUCAGGCAAGGUAUCCAGAGCCGCAGAUAUCGAAGGUCACUUUUUUUGGGGCAAACUAACACUUAAGUCUGUCAGUUAUUCAAUCUAUCUGGAAUUGCUUGAUGGGACCUCAACUAUCUGUACAGUGAUAAUAGCCAAAGGAAAAUUGAUAGAUUAUCAAAACUCUACUACGAUUGUGAACAACAAAGAUUGUUUAAACGAUGGAUAUUGUACCAUUCUUGUGGAUUUUAAUAAGUGUCCUUAUCGAAGAAAUACGACAAACUUUCAUUGUUCCACGAUCGAUUUUCGACUAACCAUGUGCACUUUUGAAAGUGUGUACGAAAGCAAUCUCAAAUGGGAACAAUUCUAUGAUAAAGAUAAUCAGAUUGGAUAUAUGCCGAAUAUAACAUCGAAGAUAUCAAAAUACAUGUUCUUUUUAGAAGAUUUUGACAACAAUACUAUUGUGGGAAUAGAGCCAAACAAGCAUAAAAUAGUCAUGCAUUCAAAGAUUCGUGAUGACAAAAAUAUGAGCAUACUGCUGUUCAAUGACACGACACAGAUUACAUUUGAUUGUGGAGAAUAUAAACGGUAUACAAAACACUUAUACGUAGGCCUAAUUAAUACAACAGAAAACAAGAUAACGACAAUGAGUGACAACAAAAUUACGAUUAAAUACAACAAAGUAUACAACGCUAGCAUAUUGUGUUGUAUAUACUAUACAAAGUCUGAAAACACGCCUGAAACGUAUAUAACACGAUAUGUAGAAAAAAAGACGAUGUUAUUGUUUUAUUAUAAUUUGCCUGAAAAUAAUUCAAUUUCAGUAAAUACUGCCGAGGAUUAUACAGCGAAAACAUCAUUCGCUCAAAACCACGAUAUAGUUUACUUAUCAAUAAUAAUAGUUCUAACACUAUUAUUAUUAUUUCUGACUUUAUCAUUAAUCAAGAAAAUAUUUUGUAAGAAGACCUCUGAAAAUUUAGCUAAAUCUGAAUCGGUAGAGUUGAAUACGCUAGCCACAUCAGAUGGAGUAGUGUACACUGCCUUCGAGAAUAAAGAAAAGGACUUUCGAAAACCAGAAGAACCCAAUUACGCCGAAAUCGUAGGAGUAUUGAAUCCAUUUAAAAAUGGAAAUUUGCAUGUACAAUUUCAGUAGCAAACUCUUGCUAACUGACAAUUGAUAAUUUAUUUCUACGGUCGAAGUUAUCCCUGACUUUACACUCCUAAUAUAUCGGGUGUGUCGUUCACAAUCACAUUAAAUCAUAUCGCAUAUACUUUAUGAUAUUCUAAGGCGAAUUGUAAAAAAAAUAACCUAAUCCAUUCAGUGGUUUAACCACAGGAGUCAUUUUUCGUUUUUAUAAUUUACAACAUCAUGUGUAAAGCAGAGAUAAAGUUAGGAGUAUCGUAUGUUUUGAUCAGUUUUCAAGGGAGAAUUUCAGUUGUUUGUAAUGACUGACUUUUAUAUGGUGUUCUAAUUUUUGCACAUUUUUAUUCCAUUUACUUUGUUUGAAAAAACAUUUUUUUAUUUUUACGUAUUUUUCUUUUAUCUUUGUGUUAAUCGACAUAUGUGAUUAUGAACGACACACCCGACAUAAUCAUGGGCAAGUAUAUUGAGCCCUGACCUUCACCUGCGCAGAAGUUAUUUAUCAAUGGUUUAUUGCCAUAAGUGUAGGUACAGUGCGCAAAGCGAUCCCCAAUCUUCCGCCGAGAGCUCAUUAUCCGUGCCGAUAAUUAUACUAACGUAAAAAUUAUAUACUUUGCCUAACUGCCUACCGCAUAAUCUUUUCCUUCUCGCCUCAAUCCAUCCUAAGGUUGUCUGGAAGAAAUCGCUCUUAGCGAUAAGACCGCCCAUUAUGUCACCUACUUUAACUAGUUUAAGAUCAAAAAUGUAAAAUUGGUGUACCUAGUAAAGAAUAUCUAUCUAUCUAUCUAUCUAUCUAUCUAUCUAUA